AUGCCCAAGCACGAUAAGAAGGACACGCCUAAGCCAAGGUCUGUCCUCAGAUAUACAGAUAAUAGUUCAAGUUCUAUUAGUGAUGGUGAUAAUACACCAAGUUGUGAAACUCGUCAGCAUUGGCAAUAUGCCCAUAGACAAGUCCGAGCUGCUAUAUUUUUAUCUCUGGAUGAGCUUUGGACUAUACCUUCUGAAGUUGCUUUAAUGGUAUCUAUUUUUGACUCACAAUUUAAAGUUUUCCAAUGGGCACUGAAUCAAUUAAAAAAUGCUAAAAAAUCACUUGAACAAUUCUAUAAUAAGAUAAAAGCAGCUUUGGAGUUACUAAAUUUAAAUAAUUUUUCAAAAACAGCAGCAAGCAGCUUAUCGAUUCAUGAUAAUAAUGAUGAUGAUGGAUUUUUAAUCAAUUGA